AUGCACGCAUUCAAGGAAGACUUACCCCAUACCGUGGGUUUUGCCCUCGACAAUGAGGAGAUCACAUUCCCCAACUACGUGCCCACGCAUGUGCAAUCGUUGCCCCACACGUCCAACGGGAUCCGACAGCUAGUCAUAGAUAAGCAGAACCAGCGCGUCCUCCCCACAUAUAACCGCCUACUCGACCGCAUGGAGGACGCGCUCGUGCGCUGGCGGCCGCCCGCCAGCUCCCACGUCGGCUCCUCGCUAGCAAUCCACGGCACGCACCCGUACCAAAAAGAGCUGCCCGAGCCCAAGGCGCUCGGCCGCGACCUCUCAGAGUCGAUCGAACAAAUGAAGCAGAUCUUGCAGAACUGUUGGCCCACGCGCGACCUGCAUACCGAUGCCACCGACGACAGCGAGACCCUCAGCGACUAUUCCCUUCCGCGCGCCGGCUCGGCCACCGCGAACAGCGCCAAGCCCAACGGGCCCUCGUUCGAAACGCUGUCCCUGAGCAGGCGCACGCCGGUUGCAUUCCCCAUCAAGGCGGCCGGCGCCCGCGCGGACCCGCCUCCGGACGACCUCCAGAGCACGCUCAACACCUACAAGUUCCCCGUUCCCUCUUACUACCUUCCGCUGUCGCUCCAGCGUCAGUGCCAACAGCCAAGUACACGUGCGCCCGCAAGCGACGCCGAACAAAGCACACCAUGGGAGGCCUGGUGCCAAUUCUGGAAGGAGUUCUGGGUUGAUCUCCACAGCUUACUCGUCUGUCAGAUCGACGAAGAGCUGUAUUAG